AUGGCCGACGACGCGACAGUAAAACAGGAGGCGUCCUCCCUCCCGAUCAAGAUGGACGUCGAUGCCGACGACGGCGGCCUGGCCAGCAUCCCUGCGAUUGGCGGUGGCGAGGACGACAUUUACGAAGACGCCGGCGACCUCGAGUUCUAUGACGCGACACAGCCCGGCGACCCGUUUGGCAACAUGUACCUGGUGCGCGUGCCGCCCUACGUGUGGGAGGCGUGGGACAAGCUGGACGACGACGCCGAGAUUGAGAUUGCCACGGUGCGGCAGUGGACCGAAGUCGACAAGAAGACGGGCGAGCCCAAGUACCGGAUGCGCAUGCUGCUGCGCAGCGACCUGGGCAGCCACCAGGCCAUCCCCAAGGAGUACGAGCUGGACCUGCCCAUGGUGGACACGGCGGGCAACCGCAACGCGGCCGGCAGCGGGACCGGCGGCGCACAAAACACACAGAUCAAGAACACCUACCUCUUCAGCGAACAGGACCUGCCCGGCUUCAAGGCCAAGAACAAGGAGCGCGCCCAGGCGGCCGCGGCCGGCAUCCCGGCACACCUGCUGCGCCAGAAGAACAACGACCGCGUCGAGAAGCCCGGGGGGCAGCCGACCCAGAACCACGGCCGCCACCACUACCGGCGCCACCAGCCGCGCCAGGAAUUCUUCCGCAAAGCCAUCCCCAAAAAGACCACCGUGGCCGGCCGCGUGCGCCACGAGCUCAACUGCGCGCCCGUCAAGAACGCCGAGUCCGACCUGAUCUUGAACGAGCGCGCGCGCGCCGCCAUGAUCCCCAAGGCCCAGGUCAAGUUCGGCGACGCGUCCAAGCCCGAGUUCCGCAUCAUCGGCAGCGGCGGCAUUGCCUCGCAAAACUACGCGACCGAUUUUAUCAAGACGGCGCAGCCGCCGCCCAAGGCCAAAAAGGUCGAGGCCAAGACGGCGCGCAUGCCCGAGAACGACCUGCUCGAUCUCAUCUUCAACUGCUUCGCGCGCUUCCGGUUCUGGUCGAUGCGCGCGCUGCGCGCCGAGAUCCCGCAGCCGGAAAUCUACCUGCGGCACACGCUCGAAAAGGUCGCCGACCUGCACCGCAGCGGCCGCUUCGCCAACAACUGGGAGCUCAAGGCAGAGAACCGCAAGGACGGCUCCGCGACCGCCGAGGUCAAGGCGUCCGAAUACGUCGCCGAGACGGCCGACACCGACACCGACGGCGAGGAGGAGGACAUCAAGCUGGAGGACGUGGUGCCGCCGACGGCAUAA